GAUGCCGGUGGAGCCCCGGGCACACCCCACGAGCCAGCAUGCCGCCACGUGGGUCGCCAGCGAGGCCCGCCCCGCGAGCUUCCACUCCAGCUACAUGAUCGCCACCCCGAGCGGCUCGGCCUCUGGCUUUGCCAGCCUCAACCAGAGCGGCGGUGGCGGCCAGAACCCGUACAUCCACGUAGCUCCACUGAAUGCUUCUGUGCCACCUGGCAGGAGUGAGUACCAUCAAGGUCCGAUGAACAAGAUAUGCGACACGUUGAACCGGUGUGGGAAGAAGUUCAAAGAUGCUUCGCGAAAAGCAGAGGCGCUCGCGGACAAUGUCUGGCAUCACCUUAGAACCAGCCCUAACAUCACAGAUGCAGCGAUGGCUCGACUUGCUCAGGGGACAAAAGUGCUCACCGAGGGGGGACAGGAUAAGGUAUUUCAACAUACGUUUGAGAUUCAGCCAGGAGAGAAGCUCCUGAAGGCAUAUGCUUGCUAUAUAUCCAUUUCCACUGGGCCUGUCAUUGGGACAUUGUAUUUGUCAAACAAGAGAUUGGCCUUCUGUAGUGAUAACCCUCUUUGCCAAUACUCUCCCUCAGGGCAGCAACAGUGGAUGCAUUACAAGGUGGUUCUGCUGCUCGAUCAGUUGAGCACUGUUAGUCCUUCUUGA